AUGAUAUCCACAGAUCCAGUCUUGUCGCUACCUGGUGUAGAUAAGGCAAGGGAUGGUGUUAUAAUUUCUACAGAUGCUUCCACUAAAGCUGAGCGUAGAUAUCACAUCGCGGAUUUGGAAGCGUUGGUGGUAGUAUGCGCGGUUAAAAGCCAUAUUUUAUAUGGAUUACCAGUUGAUGUGAUGACGGUCUACCAGCCGUUAACGCGCUUUUCAAGUGCAGUAAUGUAUUAG